AUGGUGGGUGAGCGUAUCAUCCACGUGGAGGCAGGGGAGGACAAGGGAAAGGGCAAGAGCAAGGAGAAGGCGCAGGGGAAGGCAGCGCAUGCGAUGAGCGAGGAAGAGGAUGGGGGAGAGGGAGAGGGAGAGGGAGAGGAGCAGGAGGGCGAGGAUGACGACGAUGCCGACAGUGACGAGGACGACGAUGUCGACAAAGAUGACGACGAUGAGAUGGCGGAAGACGUGCCGGGUGCAGGCCAGCCCGAAUCCAUCGAGGUCGAUGCGGCGUCGCCCCCUCCGCCAACUGCCAGACCAAUAUCGAUCUCGCCAGCUGCCCCAUCACUCCAAAAGCGCAAGGCGGUCAUCACAGAGUUGAGUGAGGAGAGUGAGAACGAGGAGGCGGCUCUGAAGGCGAAGCCGAUGAAGCCGAUCGAGGUCGCAAAGGAGAAAGGCGAGGCCCCGACCACCUCUGGCCGAGCGCAGCGUGCACAGAAGAGGAUGGCGCAGACCGAGGUGGAGGGCUCGAAGGUGAGCACGAAGAAGAGUGGGAAGAGGAAGGCGAAGGAGUCAAGCGAUGAAGAGGAAGUACCGACCGUCAAGCCGCCAAAGAAGAAGCAUGCGACGAAGGAAUACAAGAGCAAGGAGUUCAUCGAAAGCGAAGACGAGACUCCAGCACCGCCUUCCAAUCUACCCGCCAAGACCGCAGGGGACUCUAACGACGGUGUUGCGAAGAUGAACGCCCCUGCCAAACCUGUCAAACAGACAACAAGGAUGACGGCGACGCCUCAUGUCGCACCGAAGGUGAAGGCAAAGGGGAAGGCAAAGGCGAUGGCGAAGGGGAAGGCGACAGCGAAGGCGAAGGCGAAGGUGAUGGUGUCGCAGAAGGACAUGUGGAAAAAGACGUCCACCCGCGUGUCUGACUUCAUGUGGGCACACGCAACAGAUUCGCUCGUCCCUUGCAUUGGCUGCCAGGAGAAAGAGUGGCCAUGCAAGCUCCACACCACCAACUUCGGUCGCUGCCUCGAAUGUGCAGCACGAGGCAUCAGUUGCAGCAUUGCGCCGAGGAACACGGAUGGCGUGCCCCUGCGAGGAAACUCACACACCGCACAGCGUGAGUUCCAAGAGAUGUGCGCAGCGCUGGUGGUAGAGGGCAAGCCACUGCCCAUGUCGCCACCUCCAUACGGCGUCAAGGUCGACUCCGAUGAGCCCGACGGUGCAGAACCACUGGUCAUAGAAGCAUCGAAGUGCAAGCUGCCGAAGAAGACCAAGACGUGCAAUGCUGCGACAUCCAGCUCCAAGGUCAAGGGUGGCGAGGAGGUCGAGGCGACGAAGCAGAAGGUGACCAUCACACCCUAUGAAGCCAACGCUGAAGGCGAGGCCUCAGUGGAGAAAUCGUCGAAGUCCAAGCGCGCCACCAAGUCCGCCACCGCCACUGGAGCUGUGGCUCUGUCCAACUCUGGCGAGGUCGCCGACUCUGGCGAGGUCGCCAACUCUGGCGAGGUCUCCAAGUCUGGCGCGCCUGCCAAGUCUGGUGCGGUCGCCAAACCUGGCGAAGGUAAGAAAUCAGGACCCAAGCCAAAGCCGGUGAGGAGCCAAAACUCAGGUGCGCAAGAUGGUGGCGAGGUCACCAGGACCUCAGUAUGUGAGCCGGAUGAGGUCCCGCCUGCCAAGUCUGUUGUGAAGGAGGGCAGGCAGACGACAACGGUGGCGAUGGGAGGUCACUCGGGCCCAAUGGUGCCCGUGAUCACCAGGAAGGCAAAGGCGAGUGCUCCCAAGGCAGCAGCCAAGAUGCCUCUGGCAGAAGGCGAUGGCAUGGAGGAAGCCGCCAGGCUGACAAUGGAGACGGUGCAGGCUAUGGCCUUCCAAACAGGGCCAGCUGCUCCGCUGCAAGCUAGCAGCAGUAAGCGCAUGCUGACACCAGUCACCGAUGAACCAGAGGAUGCACCAGAGUAUCAGGCAGAGGUGGCGGAGGAUGAGCGUGCGUCCUUGGAGCGGCCACACGACGAUUGGCGGCAUUCGCUGCUGAUGCCCCACGAGACGAGCGCAGGAGCUGCCGAGGUGGCACAGGAGGUGACGCCCUCCCUGGAGAUAUCCAAGGCAUCGAAGGGAGCGAAGUCCUCCACAUUGGCGAAGGCAGGACAUCUCGAUGAAGGGCGAAGGCCAGCUAAGAGGGGCACCCCACUGGACCGCAAGGCAGCGAAGAAGGAGGCAGAGGCGAAAAGGGAUGUGAAGGCGAACCGCCUCAGAGCAGUGCCUCCGACCAGCAAGGCACCCCACUUGCGCGACAUCCAUGGCGAAGAAACCUCGCAGUCAUCCAACAAUGACUGCGUGAAUUGUGCCGAGUUGCAACAGGAGUUCCUGGCACACAAGGACGGGAUGGAAGUCCAAUUCCAGGAGAGGAUGGCGGACCUCAACACCGUCAAGGCAGAGAUCACAGCGGCGCUCCAGCGAAUCAACCUGCCAUUUGCGCUUCAAGAAAAUGCCUGGAGCAUUUGCGAAGAGGUCAAGUUGGUGAUGGAGGAGUUUCACAGGCCGGUCACCAUCGAGCUACAGGAGAGCGUGAAGUUGGCAGUGGCGGACCUCGUUGCCAAGCGACAUUGCCUGCCAGAGCUCAAAGAGAAGGUCAACAGGUUGGAGCAAGGUGUGAACCAGACGGUGAGCCAGGUGAAUGUCGAGAAGCUGCAGGGUGAAUUGGCCGACCUUCGUCAUUCGAUGGAGCUCCAGGCAGCGUGGUCAGACAGCAUGGAGAAAAAGCUCAGGUCUUCAGUGGCAGAGGCGAUCGCUCAAGCGAGCAAGCUGGAGAUGGAAUUGGCGCUCGCCAAAGAGGAUUCGAUGGCAGUGGCGACGUCCACUUUGGAUAAAGUGAAGAAGGUGGGGAAGGAGGUGGCGACGGUGAGAGAGGAAACCUCACUGGUGGUGAAGUCUUUGGACGCAUUCUGA